AUGGGGGAUUUAACUGGAAUGCCCCAGAAUAAAAAGACAAAGUGUGGAGCAAUGAGAGGAAAAGGCAGUUACGCAUUUUUAGAUUGUAUUUCACCAGUUGGAGCUUUCGUCUGUAAACAAUCUACACCAAUGUUAUAUAUUGAGAGUAAUCUCGUCAACUAUACCUAUUCUACAGACGACGAGAAUCAACAUAGAGCCGAAUUAUUUGAGAGAGUUUGGCCACCACGACUGGCCGGUAGUCCAGAUCCCAAAUACCAUAUGGCUACUAUAGAAGUGAUAUCAGAGACUGGAUGUGCUUAUAUUUGUUCCAAUCUACCAGGCUGUCGAGGAUUUCAAUUGACUUGUAUAACAAGUUUAAUAUGUGAGAAAUAUUACUGCUUAUUGAUAUCUGGAAUAUAA